GGUCUCUUUAGGGGACGGACGGACGUCAAAGCUGCAAACCGAAUCUGGAGCCAGAACAUGGGAGAACAACCAGUGAGAGUCUUGGUGUGCGGGGAUGCUGAGGGCAGACUGGGCUCCCUGUUCAGCAGAGUCCAAGCCAUCCAGAAGAAAACAGGACAGUUUGAUCUGCUGCUCUGUGUCGGGGAGUUUUUUGGAGCGACACCGGAAGCUGAGGCAGAGUGGCAGCAGUACAAAACCGGAGCCAAGAAAGCUCCGAUCCACACUUACAUUCUGGGAGCGGCGAGCCAGGAGACGGUGAAGAACUUCCCCAAUUCUGACGGCUCUGAACUGGCUGAAAACAUCACAUAUUUAGGUCGCCGUGGCGUGUUCACCGGCGCGUCCGGACUGCAGCUCGCCUACGUCAGCGGUCAGGAGGCCCUGCAGGAGCCGGCGCCGUCUCACUGCUUCACCUCCAAAGAUCUGUCGGCGCUCGUCACGUCGCUCACCGGCAGCUCCAAGUUCAGAGGCGUCGACAUCCUGCUGACGUCGCAGUGGCCCCGAGGGGUGUGGCACUACGGGAACAACCCGGAAGUGAACACAAAGUCGUGUGGAAGCGGCGCCAUCGCCAGCCUUGCCGACAAACUGAAACCGCGGUACCACUUUGCUGCACUAGAGGGCGCUCACUAUGAAAGGCUCCCAUACAGGAAUCACAUGGUUCUCCAGGAAAACGCUCAGCACGUCAGCCGCUUCAUCGCCCUGGCAGCCGUCAACAACCCCGCCAAGAAGAAGUAUCUGUACGCCUUCAACAUCGUCCCCAUGAAGAACAUGGAUCCGAUGGAGCUGGUGAAGCAGCCGCAGGACGCGACCGAAAGUCCCUACAGACGCCCGGCCAAAGACAAGACGGGCGCACAAAAACCGCCGUUCAGCACCGCAGAUGAAGAGGAGCCGGUCCACCAGUUCUUCUUCGAUCUGGGCGGGAAGCAGGGCGGCGCCUCCCGGGGUCACGGCAGGAAGAGGCCUUCAGACGGAGACGGGCGAGGUCGAGGUCAGCAACGCGACGGAGACGGGAAUCCCAAACAACCGCGCCGGCACCCACAGCCUACAGGUCCCUGCUGGUUUUGUCUUGCCAGUCCUCAAGUGGAGAAACAUCUCGUCGUCAGCAUAGGAACGCACUGUUACCUGGCUGUGGCUAAAGGCCCGCUGACUCCCCGCCACGUGCUCAUCCUGCCCAUCGGCCACUACCAGUCUGUGGUAGAGCUGAGCUCCGAGGUGGUGGAGGAGAUGGAGAAGUACAAGACGGCCCUGAAGGGCUUCUACAAGAGCAAAGGAGAACGCUGCGUCCUGUUUGAGAGGAACUACAAGAGUCAACAUCUGCAGCUCCAGAUCGUUCCCGUUCCGCUCAGCCGCUGCACCACUGAAGACAUCAAGGAGGCUUUUAUGGUCCAAGCUCAGGAGCAAAACAUGGAGCUGAUGGAGAUCCCUCAACACACCGACCUCAAACAGAUUGCUCCUCCAGGGACUCCUUACUUCUACGUGGAGCUGGACUCUGGGGAGAAACUCUACUACCGCAUCCAGAAAAACUUUCCUCUGCAGUUUGGAAGGGAGGUGUUGGCCAGCGAGGCGCUGCUGAACAUCCCAACUCGAGCCGACUGGAGGGAGUGUAAACAGAGCCGAGAGGAGGAAGAAGAGAGCUGCAAACGGCUGAGAGAUGAUUUCCAGCCAUAUGACUUUGCCUGGGAUGACUAAAAAAAA